AAACACACACUUGUGUUUCAGCAUUUACUGAAGAUCAAAGAAGAACAUCACAUUGCAAACAGGUUUUCUACAUCCUCACACACAGCAGACAAUGUUAUUACACUGGACUUUGCUCACCACUGCCCUCAUGUGGACCCAAAUCUUUCACACCAGUGCAGAAAAAAUCCUUGUGUAUCCAGUAGAAGGAAGUCAUUGGCUCAACAUGAACAUCAUCCUGCGUGAACUACAUAAACGAGGUCACGAUUUGACAGUACUGCGUUCCUCUAUGAGUUUACAGAUUCCUGAACAUGCUCCUCACUACAGAUCACUGACCAUCCAGGUUUCUCAAUCCAUCAGUUUGGAUAAAAGUGACCUAAUUGUGUCAAUCCUAAAGAAAACUAUGGCAAGCAGAAAAAGUAAAGAGACAUUUUUUUCCUUUAUGGCUCUAUAUCAACAAUUGAUGACUGCCAUGGAACAAAGUUGCAGAGAGAGUGCCAAUAUGUUAAAAAUUAUUUUGGAGGAUAAAACAUUCAUUAAAAAACUAAAAAACUUUCAUCUGUUCUUAGCUGAUCCUUUUUAUGGAGGCGGUGUUAUUUUAGGGUCAUACUUGGGUUUACCAAUAGUGCUUAAUACUCGCUGGAUAAUGAACAGAGAAGCCCACUUUGCAGUCGCACCCUCUCCACUUUCAUACAUUCCAACAUUUGGGUCUGAGCUCAGUGACAAAAUGACCUUCACAGACCGACUAAAGAACUUGUUGCAUUAUGCUAUUGGUCAGUAUAUAGAUCAUAUGAUCACUAGACCGGCUUAUCAGAGUAUCAUUAGUGAGUUUAUAGAUCCGAACAUUGAUAUAUUUUCCCUUAUCCAAGGUGCAGAUCUGUGGCUCAUGCGAGUAGAUUUUGUAUUCGAGUUUCCUCGGCCAACGAUGCCAAACGUGGUCUACAUCGGGGGAUUUCAGUGCAAGCCUUCUAGUCCUCUGCCUGAUGAGUUGGAGAUGUUCAUGCAAAGUUCAGGGGAACAUGGUGUAAUCAUAAUGUCCUUUGGUACUUACUUCAAAGGUUUUGAGCUUAAUCUAUCAGAAAUCUUUGCAUCUGCCUUUGCUCAUCUACCGCAGAAGGUUGUGUGGAAAUAUGCAGGACCAAAACCUUCCACAGUGAGUAACAACACACUAAUUUUAGACUGGAUUCCACAAAAUGAUCUUCUUGGACAUCCAAAGACAAAACUUUUCAUAACACAUGGGGGAACAAAUAGUAUCUACGAGGCCAUCUAUCAUGGAGUCCCAAUGCUGGCAAUACCACUAAUCCUGGACCAGUUUGACAACACGGCACAUCUGAAAGCUAAAGGCAUAGCUGAAGUUCUGGAGCUCACAGACAUAAAUGUUGAUACGUUUACUGAAUCUGUUAAGAACAUUUUGGAUAAAAGGAAGCUCUACAUGGAGCACAUAUGUGAGAUUUCCUCUCUACUUCAUGACACACCAAUAAAACCGAUGGACAGCGUCAUCUUCUGGCUGGAAUUUGUCAUGAGGCAUAAAGGUGCAGCUCAUCUGCGUACAGAGUCAUAUAAGAUGCCCUGGUACGCCUAUCAUAAUGUGGACAUUUUAGCCUUUAUACUUGGUGUGUUCAUGAUCUUAUUUCUGAUUUUUGCUCUAAGCUGCAAGCUUCUGUUUAAGGCGCUGCAAAGAAAGAGAAAAGUCAAACAACAAUAAGAGCCAUAACAGUCUUAGCUCCUUUAAUUCACCACAGAUUUCCUAAAGUUUUUCAUAUUAUUUUCUGCUCUAUUGUUAUAAGAUGUUGUCAUGAUUUUUACAUGGUUUUGUUUGGUGUUUAAAGGCUUUUCCAUUUGGCACUGCCUGAAUCACACCUGUUUCUAAUCACCAAUUAUUUAUUUAGGCACUGUUUCCACAUAUUACAGUUUGUGCCAUGUCCACACAUAGUUGGGUAUUUUUAAAAACGGAUAAGCCUAGAAAAAUGACAUUACCAAUUGCACUAAGUAAACAAAGCUGACAUCAAAUCAAGGAGAAUGACAGACAAUGACAUCAUCAGUACACAAGGUGACGUUACAACAAGCCAAAAUCUUCACACACUCUCUCUCAGGACUGGAGGGGCUUCAAACACACACACAGAGACUGCGCGCAUACACAAAAACACUUAUCUGUCAGGAUUUAUUUUUAGUUUUUUUAAAGGUAAAGUGCAGGUUAAUUUGUUUUAUUUUUACCUAAUAUUUUGUGUUAUUUUUUUGUAUUUUUAUUUUUCUGUCUGUGAAACGAAUAAUUUAAGUUUCUAUUUUCCAUGGGAAAAUUAAAUUUGGUUUAAGAAUGUUUUGGAAUACGAGCCUGCUUGCGGAACGGAUUAUGCUAGUAAUCCAAGGUUCCACUGUAUAUGAAGGGACCUUAUUUUAAAAAAAAAUUACAUUUUACUACUACCAGAAUGACAAUACAAAAAUGUAGAACUCACAAAAUGUGCGUAUUAUUAUAUAUUAUGUAUAAACUGUAUGUUUGCUGACAGAGAGGAUUUUCAUCAUGUGUCACUUUAUUUUAGACUGCAUAGGUAAAAGACAUUGUAAUCUAAUAAGGAUCCUGUGGCUUGAGAACAGAACCCCCCCCCCCCCUUUUUUUUUAUUUAUUAAAAUUAACCUGGCAAAU